AUGGCACCCAACAGUCCAGUCAACCGACGAUCUCUUUUGAAGAUGAUGUCGGAUAGCAGCAGCCACAACAACAACAUUGCUUCUUCUUCUUCCCAGAGUUGGCACGACUUCCAUCGGCAGUACCACUCCCAUGAUUACCACUAUUCUGCCAAGAACGAAGAUUUUAUGUUUCGUCAUCCUGACGGUUACAUGCAGCGUCGAAGAUCUUCUUGCGAGAGCCCUCCUCACGACCGUCCACAACAACAGCGACGUUCUUCGCACUUUUUCAAGAAGGCUCCCACCAAUGCCAAAGCCACCACCGGCAAGCAAUCCCGACGUUGGUCCUUGUUCGGACUGAAUCGAAAUUGA